AUGCCAAACGACAGUACGGAUAAGUCUGCAAUAGUAUCGCAGAAGAUCACGCAGAAGAUCCAGGAUGUCUCCCCGGCUUUCAUUCUAAAGGAGGGGGUCGAAUGGAAACUCAAAGGACACAAAACGGAAACACGGGAUGACGUUGAAAUCAACACUUUGGAGCCCACUAUCCAAGGCCCAUACGUCCUCCUCAAGGUCCAGUAUAAGACGCCCGGCUCCCGCCAAGCUCUGAUUCAUUGGUUCGCUAAGCGGGAUAUCCACCGGAAGAAUGAGCAGAAAUUGCUGUUAUAUUGGGAAAAGCAAGGAGGUCGACAGAACGACGUAGAACUUCCUUCGGAUACUGUACAUCUUCUGCAGAUUAUUGGAGAAAAGGAUGUUAAGAAGGACGAGGGAUAUGGAACCAAGAAAUACUUUAUGCAGUUUGUUGGAUGCCCGGAGAGUGAGGCGCAGUGGUGGCGGGCUUCUAUUGUUAAGGAAGCCUAUAUUGAGCUAUAUGAGUAA